AUGAGACUUGACAUGGAGGCAGUUCCGGAGAACAAAGACACUCCAAAUAGCUUAGCUCAGCAUACAUACUGGAACUUAUCUGGUCACGAAUCAGGAAACAUUCUUAAUCACAUGAUCCAAAUCUGGGGUGAGCUCUUACCCGUAAAAGGAACUCCUUUCAAUUUCACCGAGGAGAAACGUAUAGGAGAGUCCAUAGGUGAAGUUGGUAUAGGAUACGAUCACAACUACGUGUUGGACUGUCCUGAUCAAGAGAAAGAUGGGCUGAAACACGUGGCUAGGCUAAGAGACGGUGACGGCUCAAGGGUACUGGACUUGUGGACCGAUGCUCCGGGUGUGCAGUUUUAUACGGGGAACUAUGUGAAUGGAGUGGUGGGGAAAGGGAAUGUGGUUUAUGAGAAGCAUGCAGGUGUGUGCCUUGAGACGCACGGGUUCCCUAACGCGGUUAACCAGAAGAGUAUCCCGUGUGUUGUGGUGAAGGCUGGCGAGAAUUACAAGCAAUAUGUUGUUUGA